AUGGCGGCCGAUUGGGAGACCAAGGCUGCGGAGCGCCGCCAGCAGCUAAGCAACGCCAUCCCGGGAGACUGGCGGCUCAAGCCGGAGCUUCUUGGUGAGCUCAAGACGCCGCUCGAACAGUCCGACAACAAUGUCCUCGAGCUCGGCUUCUGCAAGCGCUCCGGUAUCCUCUCCGAGAAAGAGCUUGGUAUUACUGAGUCGUACAAGGUGUCUGAGCUGCUGGGGGCACUCGCCAGCGGCCAACUAACAGCGCUCGAGGUCACGACGGCGUUUUGCAAGCGUGCCGCCAUUGCCCAUCAGCUUCUCAACUGCUGCACGGAAAUCUUCUUUGACAAUGCGCUGCAGAGGGCCAAGGAACUGGAUGCGCGGCGGGCAAACGGCGAGCCUCUGGGCCCGUUUCACGGCCUGCCGAUUAGCUUAAAGGAUAAUCUGCAGGUGGAGGGCGUGCCGGCGACGAUUGGGUUGGUGCACUUUUUCGACGACGUGUCGGAGAAGAACUCGGCUGUUGUCGACAUCAUCCUUACCAGCGGCGCCGUGAUUUACUGCAAGACCAACGUGCCGCAGACCAUGAUGACUGUAGACAGCCACAACAACAUCUUUGGACGAACUCUGAACCCCCUCAACACGAGCCUUUCGGCUGGUGGCUCAAGUGGUGGUGAGGGUGCCAUUGUCGGCUUCAGGGCGUCGCCUUUGGGCCUGGGUACCGAUGUAGGAGGUUCUGUUCGAUUUCCAGCGGCUUGCAACGGCGUCUACGGGUUCCGUCCUACCGUUGGACGCAUUCCUGCUGGCGACACAAAGGUUUGCAUCGACCCAGGCAUGCGCCAGAUUAAAGCAUGCAUCGGUCCACUGGCAGGCGACGUCGACGCCCUGGACCUGCUCAUGAAAGUGGUCGUCGACUCUCGACCGUGGAAGCUUGACUCGACCGCCAUUGAUGUUCCUUGGCGCGACGUCAAGAUCGAGGCUGCUCGCAAGCUUCGUAUCGGUGUCAUGGCCGUGGACCCAGCGUUUCCACUUCACCCACCCAUUCGCGAUGCCGUCAAGGAGGCUUCGAACAAGCUCGCCGCGGCUGGCCAUGAAAUGAUUCAGCUCCAACCCUCCGAGUGCCUCCUCUGGGAGGCCAUCCAGACGGCGUUUAGUCUCUUCUUGCUCGACCCUACCGGGGGGCGCCUCGUGGAGGAGGCCGGUGAACCUCCGAUCCCCUCGCGCGCUAGUCUGGCAAAGGGCCUCAUGUUUGCUCCUUGGACAUACCUGGCCGACAUGAAGGACCUGGAAGGGUUGGACCGUCUGUCGGCGCUGAACAAGAAGAGGGUGGCGAUUACGAGCGCGUGGCACGCAAAUUACACCAAGCACAAGCUGGAUGCGGUCAUUGGGCCGCUGAUGCAGCAUACGGCAGCUCCGCAUGACGAGUUUGCAAGUUCGGCAUAUGGUACCAUCUUUAACCUGAUUGAUUAUCCGGCAUGUGUAAUUCCAUUUGGCAAAGCGGCCGCCAAAGGAGGGGAGACGUUUGAACUGAAGCCUGGUCAAUACGCGUCCGAGUACAACCCAGCAAAGUCGGAUGGUAUGCCCUGCACGAUCCAGAUUGUGACGCCAACCAUGCGAGACGAAGAGUGUCUGGCCAUUGCCAAGGUCAUUGACACGUGCCUAAACAAGUGA